AUGAACAGCUUCAAGGCUGGUUGUUGUAAGCAUUCUUUACGCAUGGUGUCGUCUUUUACAGGCUCGCGACAAGUUCCGACAGAAUGGCUACGACGAGUUACGGAAGACCAAUCGGAACCACCGAGACUUUAUGCUUGGCGACUUACAAACUUAGCUGAUGGCGCAAAUUACGCGCGUAAAUCGCUUGAGGUGGGAGAAGAAAUACCAAACUCAGACGAUGAGCGCCACCGCAUUUAUAUCCUAGGCGUCGGGAACAUCGGUCGGCUAUAUGCGAGCUUUCUUGCUAAGAAUAAUCCCCGGCCGCCGAUUACCUUGGUCGUCCAUCGGAGAGAACUCCUAGACCAGUGGAACGCCCGUCCGGGUAUCGAGCUGGUGCGCGACGAUGGUAGGAUAGAGCGAAACCCCGCGUUCCGCAUCGAAUGGUGGACCGACGCUCAGCCCGCGCACGGCCCUGUUAGGGAACCGGGCUCGGGCUGCGGUAUCAGCAAUCUAAUCAUAGCCACCAAGGCCCCGGAUGCUAUCCCGCAGGUCGACCGCGCGAGACGGUAUCUCGGCGGCGGCUCGACCGUCGCGUUCGCGCAAAACGGCAUGUGUAAGCUCUGGCCGCCGCUGGGAGAGGCGUACGUCGCGGCGCGGUUCGGCAAAGGUGGGGGUCCGCGCUGGCUUGCGUGUGUGACGACCCAUGGCGUCACGUCGCUCGAGCCAUUCCGUAGCGUCCAUGCGUCGCCUGCGGACGUGCGUGUAGGGUCUGUGAUGGUGCGCGGUGGGGACGGCUGGGAUGGCAAUGGCAAUGGUAAUGGUAAUGAUGGAGAUAAAGAUCAAGAUGAUUACCUGGCCGAGCAGAUCGUCGGUGCGCCGGGGUUAGCUGCGCGGAGAGUCGCGACGCGGGAGCUGUGGGUGGCGCAGCUGGAGAAGCUGGUGGUUAAUGCGGUUAUUAAUCCGCUGACGGCGGUGCUGAGGUGUAAGAACGGGGAGGUUUUUGAGGAGCGCGGGGAUGGGUUGGGGGAUGUGGUUGAGAUGUUGGUGGAGGAGGCGAGUCGCACGCUGAGAGCGCUGGUGGGACAUCGGAGUAGUGAGGGCAUAUUACGUGCGCAAGAUGAUGCAGUGAUAGGGGCAGCUGGGGAAAAGAGUCUCGAAAGAACACGAGAAGAGCUUCUAGAAAGAUUCUCUUCCGUGCGAUUGCGUACAAUGCUCUACAGUGUUGGUGAGAAGGUGGCGGCGAACACGAGCUCGAUGCUACAGGACGUGCAGGCCGGCAAGAAGACCGAGAUCGAGGACUUCAACGGCUGGCUCGUGGAGACGGCGCGGUAUCUUGGUGACGAAGGACUGCCUGUCAACGAGAAGUUGAUUUCGUUGGUUGAAGAUGGGGCGGUGCGGACAAGAGGUGAGUUGGUUAAAGAGCUUCGAGACAGUCGGGGGUAG